UUAUUUAAGAAAUAGCAUUGUUUGAGCACAAAAAAGUUUAUAGUUUGCAGAGUAUUUUUGCACAAAAUGGAUUCCGAUUCAGAACUACAUGCAACAGACACUCUCCGUUGCGAUUCCGAUUCGGAAGAAGAUAACCAACUGAACGAGAGUACAUCAGUUUCCGAAAACAUACACGGUGAAGAAUCCGUAAAUCAGGGAGCCGAAGUUGUACAAAAUUUCAGGGAAGAUGCAGUAGUGAGAGAAACACAUGAAGAUUCAUCAGACGAGCCAGAUUUGCAAAACAGUUGCGCAAAAAUUCGUAAAUCGAAAUAUUCAAACAUUAUCGACAGUGAAUCGGACGGGGAUGAAAUUACAACGGAAAUCAAAAACAACGAACAUGCAAUAAAUGCAAAUGCGGCACAUUUGGAUCGCUUGAAAGCUUUGCUCGAUUCUGAUUCAGAAGGACAAAAAGAGAGUAAACCGAAAAAGAAAGUUAAAAAACAGAUCAAACGAAAGCCCAAAGCGUCAUCCAAUGAAAUGGGAACACUUUCGGAGUCAGAUGAUGAGGGUUCUGGUGAUGCUACAUCUCCUGUAAAAGAGAAACUCGAACGAAAGCGCAAAACAGGCACAAAAGCUGUAGAAUUGCCCAGUGAAGUUCGAUCUGCUCGGGAUAUACUUGCCAGCCUUAAUUUGUUUUUCGAUGAUGACGAAGAGGAAGCGCCUGUUGAGACAAAUUCUGGAAUAAUUGAAGCUGAACCAGCUUCUUCCGAGGACGAUACGAACGAAGGCUCCGUUCGAACACCAGUUCGAAAGAUGACAAAUAAACAAGCGAUGGAAGAUAGGCAAAUUAUUCAAAGUGAAUCACAGCGGAUGGCUCGAGAAAAGUACAUCGAUGUACCGUACCAUCGUACGAAGGUGUUUUCAUUUGAGGAAUUUCGUGCUAGGAAAACAAUUUGUAAGCCUGACCCAUUACGCGAUUGUACUGGGAGUGCUGCGUCAUCUAAUAUAUCGAUAAGGAUGACCACGGAACAGUUGGAAGCAUUUGCUAGGAAACUUCAGGAGCGGGAGCUAGAAUCGCAACAUUUUUUCAAAUCUGAAAGCGAAUCAUCUGGAACCGAACCUGAAAUCGAUUAUGCAACUAAAGAGAACCCCGAAGGUCAGCAGGAUAAUGUUCAAGCGGAAUUAUCUGAUACGAAAGUUCAGAAGGAAAUGGACCAAUCUCAUGGGGAAGCUUGUACCGUUGAAUCGAUGGACGAUCAAAGCUCGUCUGGCAAUAUUCCUCCCGGAAUUGAUACCGUCAAGACACCGAGCGAAAAACAGAUAGAUUCUAAAGAAGAAACACCAACGGCAUUAAGCGAAGAACAAAUCGAUCCUAUAGAUGAUAUCGUAAAUCGAACGUCUGAUAAUAUGGAGCACUUGAUGGUGUCUUUUGCAACAGAUGAAGCAGGAAAACAACUAUCAGCGUCGGAAACCGAUCGUGUUGAGAUUGAUUAUGACGCGUUUUUGCCAAAUGUGCCAAAUGCGGCGAUAUCUGCUAAAAAGGCGGCCCUAUUGGCUAACAUAAAGCUCUCUCCAUGUCCGAAACUAAGUGGGAGUACGGACAUGUUGAUUGAUCUCGACAGCGGUACGAUACAGCCUAAAGCACCGUCCGGGGUUGAUAUUCUAUUUCAGCGAUUAGCAAAGUGUAGCGGAAGCGUACGAAAUCCUUCGCCAUCGGCAACUAAAACCAUCAGCAUCUUGAGUACUGAAAAUGGUUGCGUAACGUUAGACACUGUGCCACUGUUCGCUAAGGAGGAGCGCCCGCUGGUACAUAAGGAACCCAUACCUGGUGCGGCAUUUUUGAAACUGAAACAAGUGUUGAAAGAAAAGAUAGACCAUAAUCGUAGAGAGAUGAUACGGAAGCGAGAGGCUGAGUUUGCCAAGAAAAGGGAACUUGACAAGACUGAGCAGGGUGACGGUACGGACGAAGAAGAUGAGGAAUUGCUGGAAGAUGAACAAGAGAAAUUGGCAGAUUCAGAUGAUGAAGCAAUGUCUAAUGCUGCUGGACAGCAAAAUCAAUUAUUGGAUGAUCAAGCGUUAGAUGAGGAAAUAUCUGAUGCAGAAAGACCGGAUUCGGAUAGUUCGGAGGACGAAGAGGAAGAAGAAGAAGAUGAGGAAGAGCAGGAAUUUGGCGACGGUGGGAAAAAAACGGGAAGAAUUAUUAAGGCAUUUGAAGAUUCGGACGAUGAUAUUCAGCCCACGAAUGGUGAAGGUCAGUCCAUCCGCAUAGAGACGCAGCCUUCAUCUUCCGAUGAUCAUAAUGUUACCACCGGAAUAAGGAAUAACAGCGAGCAAAACGAAGAGAACCUUUCAAUGUUUUGGAAAGAUAAUGCUGAUCAAGCGAAUCAAGGCGAAAACGAUGAAGAGCAGAAUUUGUUGGCACUCUGUUCGGGACAGUUUGCGACACAACUGCCCACACAAAAUCAUCCUCCGGUUUCACAAGACGCUGAUCCCACUGGUGUUGACUUGAGUCAACCAAAUGUCGAACCGCUUUACACACAGGAUCAGCAACCGUUCAGGGAAUCGCAACUAAUGGAUCUCUGUUCUGGACGAUUUGAAACACAAGCGGAUCAAGGUGUAAUUCAGCCGACAAGAUAUACUGAGCAUUUUUCGACGAAUCGUUACGAACAGCAAGAUUCUGUGCUAGAUGAUAGUGAUGUUUGUAUUGGGGGUCGCCUGCGGCUUGAUUCAACUGAUGAUGAAUCAGAACGCCCGGAAACUGAACCCAAGGCCAAAAUCAAACACAAAAGAAAACAUUUAAGCAUAUCCGACGAUGAAGAUGAGAUGGCCGAUGAACAAGUGAAAGCAGCUGACGACGACGAGCGUGUUGAAGCUGACGGUCAACAGUCCGAUCAAGAUGAUGAGGUAGAGGAGGAAGGUGAGCGUUACGUCGAUUACGAUUCGGAAGAGAACGAAGUAGAAGUUAGGCUGACCAAGAAGGAAAAGGAACUGAUAACUGCUAAAUUUGUCGAGAACGAAGCGGAACUAUCCGAAUCGGAAUGGGGCAGCGCAGAUGAGGACGAAAAGGGUCUAGAUCGGUACGAUGUGGAGAUGGGCGAUGAGGAGCAGUACGAUCAACAGCAGUUACAGGAAGAGUUGGAGAAAAUACACAAUCGUCGAAUGCUGGAUCAGGACGAUCGUGAGCUGGAACAUUUGAAGGAGAUUUUCAUCGAGGACGAAGAAAACGCUGGUGUCGGACGGGUGAGACAGUUUCGAUGGAAAAAUGUGGAGAAAACGUUUAACCUGGAUUACGAUAAAACCACUGCACAAGAUGAAGACCCCGAGGCCAACGGAAGUGACGAUGACACGGAACAAAACUGGCGAAAGAUGCGGCAUGAAAGAAAUUUGUUGCUGAAGGAGAAACACAUCGAUCUCAAUUCGGUUGAUUUGACAGCAACCACGCUAUUGAAUCCUGCGGAUGUAACAGGUGUCUCCGAUGAGCAGGAAAACCUUCAGGCGGGUAGUACACCGGGUGGAAAGAAGAAAAUCACAAUUGUUCGGAAAAGCAACAACCCAUCAACCAUGGCGGUAAAAGAAGAUAAUCCUUUCUUAAUCUCCAAUUCCACCAUCCUGCAGGGCCAUAAGGCAUCGUUUCUCUCUCGUGAUGAAGAAACGCUUAAAAAACUGGCGAGCCUUAUUCCGGAAACCGAAGGCAGCACUAGUACGAUGUUAACUGCGAAGGCACGGAAUUUUGUGUUCGCUACGCUGAGUCCAGCUGUUGAGAAGUCCUCUAAACGGUCACUAGAUUCAGAAGAUGGGGAAGUGAAUGCCAACACGAAGAAGAAGAAAACUUCGGAUACUAAGAUGGGCUCGAAGAAAAAACUGCUAAAUUCUUUGCUUUAGAAAGAUGUAACGUCGAACUCGAAGAGAUGGUGUAUAUCAAGAUAAGAAUUUAGGGCUUAUAAUAAAUACGUAUGUACACGAGUGGCUAAACUCGCUAAUGGUGGAGCUUGUGUAUGGCAUUUAUUCAUUCUAGUCCUUUUUGGUAGCAACUUUCACAUCACAUUCAUAU